UGUUCUCAGCGGCGCACCGUUAUCCGGGCCGAGCUGUCAUCCACGGUCCAUCUCCUCCAGCAGAUAACCGUGCUCUCCUCGACUGUAUCCCAGUAGUAUUCAGCGGGCUCACCCCACAUAACUAUUCCCGUGUUUUUGCGUGGAGAAACAGUUUUCAUCGACGGAGUUUUUUUUCUUUUCUCCGUGAUAUCCAGAAGGCGCAAAGAUGAAAUUGGAAAAAGGCUGGACGUGGCUCCUGCUGCUGCUUAUAUCCACCCUGGCUGUGGCAGCUGUGGCGGCCCACGAGAAGCAGUCGGAGGCCGAUGUUUCAGACAUCGUCGUUGACGACGACGAUGAUGACAUGGGCUUAGAUGAGGAGGAGUUAAAGGUCCUGAUGGCGGAGGAUGAGAGAGAGCAGGUUAAAGAGACGCACAGCAAGAGCACAGCCAGUGAGAAGGACACUGACUCCAAUGUCUCCUUCCAGGUAACAUACAAGACUCCUGUUCCCACUGGAGAUGUGUACUUUGCAGAGACAUUUGAUGAUGGUUCACUGGACAGAUGGCAGCUGUCAAAAACAGUGAAGGAGGACGCGGAUGGUGACAUCGCCAAAUAUGACGGGAAGUGGGCUGUGGAGCAGCUGAAGGAGAACAAGGUCCCAGGAGACCAGGGCCUGGUGCUGAAGUCCCGGGCUAAACACCACGCCAUUUCUGCAAUGCUGGAUAAACCCUUUGUGUUCAAGGAUGAACCUCUGGUCAUUCAGUAUGAAGUGAAUUUCCAAGAUGGUAUCGACUGUGGUGGAGCAUACAUCAAACUGCUUUCCGACACUGGCAGUCUCAACCUGGCGCAGUUCCAUGACCGUACACCCUACACCAUCAUGUUCGGACCAGACAAAUGUGGCGAGGACUACAAGCUGCACUUCAUCUUCCGCCACAAGAAUCCUCUGAACAGAGACAUGGAGGAGAAGCACGCAAAGAGAGCCGACGUCGACCUCAAGAAAUUCUACACUGACAAGAAGACUCACCUCUACACGCUGCUCCUGAACCCGGACAACAGCUACGAGCUGUUCAUCGAUCAGUCGAGCGUGAGCCGUGGCAACCUGUUGGAGGACAUGGUGCCUCCGGUCAACCCGCCCAAAGAGAUAGACGACCCAAAUGACUCCAAGCCAGACGACUGGGACGAGAGGGCCAAGAUUCCCGACCCAGAGGCCGCGAAGCCCGAUGACUGGAUCAACAAUCCUCAGUACAAGGGCAAGUGGAAAGCCCCCCUGGUGGACAAUCCUAACUAUCAGGGAGUGUGGAAGCCUCGUAAGAUCCUUAACCCGGACUAUUUUGAGGACCUGCAGCCGUUCAGGAUGACACCAUUCAAGGCUCUGGGACUGGAGCUGUGGUCCAUGACCUCAGAUAUCUACUUCGACAACUUUAUUAUCACCUCUCACAAGGAGGUUGCUGACCGCUGGGCGUCUGACAGCUGGGGGCUGAAGAAACUGGUGGCCAGUGCUAACGAGCCAGGGAUUUUCGCUCAGCUGAUGAUGGCAGCAGAGGAGCGGCCGUGGCUCUGGGUGAUCUACAUACUGACAGUAGGCCUGCCCGUGGGACUGCUCGUGCUCUUCUGCUGGCCAAAGAAAUCGGAUGAUGACUACGUGUACAAAAAGGUGGAUCCGCCCAAGGCUGAUGUGGAAGAGGAAGAAGAGGAGGAGGAGGAAGAGGAGGAGGAGGCAGCAGUAGAUGAGGAAGACAAAGGAGCUGAAGCUACAGAAGCAGCACCAGCUGCAGAAGAAGCCGAGGAGGAUGCAGUAGCAGGAGGGGACAAUGUAGAGGGUGACGAUGAAGAAGAAGAGGAGGAGGAGGAGGAGGAGGAAGAAGAGGAGGAGGAAGGAGAAGAGGAAAGCAAAGCUCCAGGGAGAACAUUAGAAGAUGAGGUUGGUGUCAUCUGUUCAACAGGGGGAAAUGAUAAAAAAUUAACAGCUGUGCAGUCAGGGAACUUCUCAAGUCUUUGACAUAUUUUCUUUCUA